CUCCAGAAUGAUCAGGCCUCAAAGAGGCUUUGCAGUAAAAUGCACGGCUCCUGCCAGGAAGAGGAUGACAGCUGCAGUGAUUAUGGGAGUCAUGACAAACUAGGCACCAUUUUAGGAAGGUUUGUGCCAAAUGGGAAUGUGCUUUUCCCAGACACCUUCGAAACAAAUCACCUUUUGUUUUAUGAGAGAUUUAAAGCAUAUCAAGAUUACAUCUUGGCUGACUGCAAGGCCUCUGAGGUAAAAGAAUUCACAGCUGAGUACUUGGAGAAGGUCCUUGAACCAUCUGGAUGGCAAGCAAUCUGGCGCACUAAUGUGUUUGAUGUGCUGGUUGAGGUGGAAGAUGUGGAGUACUCGGCUCUGAAAGCGGUGGUGCGACUUGGGAAGCCUUUCCUGUGUGAAUCCUCCACUAGCACCUUUACCCUGGAGUGUAUGCAGGAGCUCUUGAAGCUGAAAGAAUAUCGGGUACCGUUGCUGGAGCUGUGGAUGGUGUAUGACGAAUCAGGGGAGUUUGAUCAGACAGCGCUGGCUAUUGAACAUGUUAGGUUUUUCUACCAGUACAUCUGGAGGAGCUGGGAUGAGGAAGAUGACGACGAUUUUGAUUAUUUUGUCAGAUGUGUUGAACCUCGAUUGAGACUAUAUUAUGACAUCCUUGAACAUCGUGUCCCUUCUGGGCUUGUUGCUGAUUAUCACAACCUGUUGUCUCAAUGCGAAGAGCUCUACAAGAAGUUCCUAAACCUGAGGAAUAGUAUAUCUAGCAGUGAUUCUGACUCAGAGGCAGAAAAUGUCUCCAUGGUGGAAGGGCUAAAACUGUACAGUGAGGUGGAACAUCUGAAGCAAAAGCUAAAACUCAUUGAGAAUCCUCUGCUGAGGUACGUGUUUGGGUAUGAAAAGCACACUGGCCUCCAAGCCAAGGGCAUACGUCCAACAGGUACCAAGAUCACUCACGUGGUGUCCUCUACCAUGAUGUCAAGUCUGUUGCACUCCCUGCUCAGGGACAAGCUUUACCCUGAGCCCCCUGAUGAAGAACUAGAAAUACAGUUCCAUAGUGAUCUGUUGACAGCUGUGAAUGCCUGCUAUGAAGGGGACACGGUCAUAAUCUGCCCUGGUCAUUAUAUUGUAGAUGGCAUGUUCUGCAUUGCUGACUCCAUUGAACUGGAAGGUUAUGGUCUGCCAGAUGAUAUUGUCAUAGAAAAGCAAGGGAAAGGAGACAGCUUUGUUGACUGUUCAGGGGCCAAUGUAAGAAUCUCUAAUUUGAAGUUUGUUCAGCAUGAUGCAGUGGAGGGAGUCUUAAGUGUCCACCAUGGGAAAACUACCCUGGAGAACACUGUAUUACAGUGCGAGACUACAGGUGUUACAGUGCGAACAUCAGCUGAGCUGUUAAUGAAGAAUUCUGAUCUGUAUGGUGCCAAGGGUGCUGGUGUUGAGAUAUAUCCAGGUAGCACAUGUACCUUGAUAGGCAAUGGCAUACACCACUGCAGGGAAGGAAUCCUUAUAAAGGACUUCUUAGAUGACCAUUAUGACUUACCCAAGAUAACUAUGGUGAAUAACGUGAUCCAUAACAAUGAAGGGUAUGGAUUUGUUCUGGUAAAACCAACAAUCCCUUCUGAUGUGAAAGACAAUCCUGCAGAAAAAUUAGAAGAAAAUAUACAAAAUACCCAGUCAGAUGGUGAAACGGACAACAUCAGAAGCUUGGGACCUGAAAAGCUGUGCGAAUGUGCAUCCAAUGAAAUGGAGCUUUAUGAGAGAACUGAGAUUUCUGGACAAACCGAAGGCAAUUAUGAAAUUGCGAACGAACUUGGUGCUACCUCUGCAAAGAAAAGCCAGAUGCACAAGAAAAGGCUGAGUGAACUGGGAAUCACAGAGGCUGAUGACAACUUAAUGUCUCAGGAAAUGUUUGUUUCUAUUGUGGGCAAUCAGUUCAAACACAAUGGGAAAGGAAGUUUUGGCACAUUCCUUUUCUGACUCCCUCCCUUGGAAUGCCAUUGCAGUAUCUGAUUUGCACAAGCUAUUAUGUUCACUCUUGCUUUCACAGGUUUUAAUUUGACUCAUCUGCCUUCCAUGAUGUCUAUUGAAUGUGAUGAAUUCAGGAGUAUUUAUUUUUUUAAACAAUGUUCAUAUUACACAUCAUGAAAUGGCUAUGUUGCCCAAACAUGGGCAACACAGUGGAUGAAUAGAACUCCAGUCUGGAAGCCUAGUAUGGAGAGGGCAAAUUGAAAAGCUUCCCCUUUACUAGCAAUGUACCCCAUUUUUACCAUAAUAUUUAUUUAACUUUAAAUGUAAAGCGCUUUUAAAAAUGUAGGCACCAGAAUUAGAGUGGACAGUCAGUGCAAAAGCUGAGUGUAUAACUCCGUCCAUGGUGUUUCUUUCACACAAAUUCAUUUGAUUUUUUUUUUUCCAUAUAACACUGGCAGUGCUUCAUUCUUGUAAAUAAAAGCUUUUUUUUUUUUUUAUAAUUAGGAAACUAUUUGCACACUUAUUUAGUAGGAAACCUGUCCUUGUGAUAUACUGUUUACAAGAUUGAUUAGGAAACCUAUUAAACAUCUGGAAAGAUGGUAUUUUUCCAUGCUAGAUGUAAAUUUUCACAGCAACUUUGUAGUGUCAACUGCUGAUGGUGUCUGUAGAGCUUUUCUUAAGCCAUAGUGUGCUCUAAAUGAAUUGCAGUGAGUUCCAAAAGACACGAAUGCAAAGUACAUGCUUGUAUCUUUCUCUGCAAUAUUCUUGUUGUAUCCUGAGAUGGUUUUCACACACGCCAUGUGUUGACAAUAGACCAACUUCUGGUACAUUAUAGAAAACGUAGAAUCUCUCUCCAAACCAUAAAAAUACUUAUCAAUAUAACAAAGGCAAAGCACAUCAGGUCUGAUCUUGCAAGACUUGGAGUUUUCUUAAUAUUCCAUAAGGUGAAUAGAUACAGGAUCAGACCUGGGUUAUAUUGUUCUCAUUUGAGGGGAAAAUUGCAUUGACUGCCCUCCAAGUGAGGAUUUGGUCCCAUAAUUGUUAAAAUGCCCUCCUGCUUACAUUACUUAAUUAGAAUGAUUCUUUAUCCCCAUUCUUUAUGCGGUCUUUGCCCUUUGAGAUACGUAGAUUGCUUUGGCACUUCUAUUUGAGAGUGGGUGUAAGAAUGGUUGCUAGUCAGUGAGGGUUGGGAUAUUCCAGGAGGUGGAAAAAUGCACACUUUGGUGGUGAAGGGAAGAUUAUAUUCCAAUGCUGUGCUCUAGAAAAAAUUCUGAAAUAAAUUUUUGGUUGGCUUACAUUAUUGAUAAGCUGUUAUUUAUAAAUUCCUGUGAACUUGACUCUGUAGUACUUUUUACCCCAGCCUUGCUCAAAUUGGGGUGGGAAUCAAAAGCCCCUCAAUGCAUUUUGUGUGUGAUACAACUCAUUGUUGAUGCCGAGGAUAAACUGACACUUAUGGAUUUGUCUCAGGAUUCUGUUUCACUUUCUGCAAUUUUGACUGUUGGAACGCAGAGAACUUAUUGUUGCUCCUAAAUCUUAAAAGCCACUUUGUGCAGGCUUUGCCACUUCAGAUGCUCAGAUUAAAUAUUUAUCUCCAUUGAUUGAUACUGAGAAUUGAAUAGCAAGCAGAUAUCACUUCCACUGCAAUUAUCUUAAUUAAGCACAGAACCAUGUACUUCUGCUAACGAACAACCAUACAGCAGUUUUGUCAUGACCUAAGCUUUGUAAAUGUGGCUUGAAUAUUUUAACACUAGGAUUCUCAGUAGUCUUAUCUUUAAACCAGGGGUGACCAAGAUCUGGUCUGCAGGGCACACUAUGGGUCUGGAAACUUGGUGGUGGGGGAACAAUGGCAGCAUUUGGUUGCCUCAGCUUCUAGAGCUGUGGCAACCAAGGCUGCUGCCUCUUACCAGCUGCCAGAUUUCUGGACUCAUGGGAAGCCCAUGGUAUUAGGUGGGUUGGGGCAUCACUGCUGUAAACCAUUCUUUAUGUCAAAAAGGAUUUUACAAUUCAUAAAAUGUUAUGCACACAGAUGUGCUGUUAUAUCUGCAUGUUAUGAUUUGCUUAUUUGUGAUUCUUAUUUUAAAAAAGAGGCAAACUUGUAGUUGCCCAUGGUUCUUUUUCUGCCCCUCUUUUUUCAAAACUAUGACCAUGACAUCUUGUGCAAUAUAAAUAUCAUAAAGCACUAUUCUCUUUUUCCAAAGGAAAAGGAACCCGAAUUUAAGGGCCUUAUCAAUAAAUCACUUCCCUCUUGUAUACAGGUUUCUUUUCAGUAAGCAGCGUGUACGUUGGUAGAAAGAGUGAGGAGAAAUGGGUGGAGAUGAGCAUGAGGCAUACAGAUGGCAAUAUUCCUGCCAUACACAUGGAAUUCCUGAGCCCGCAGUAGAAUGACAUCUGCAUCUCAGUCUGGGGAAAAAAAUUACAUUAAAAUAACUAUGAUCAUCAUGACACUUUAAUUAGUUGUACAACUUGGUAGGUAGAUAAUCUUUUAUUAGAACACAAAGAAUGUGCUGGAUUUGGGAACUUUUUAAAGUGAAUCCAAUCACAGCCUAUAACAAAUCAUAUUGAUGCAAAAUAGACCCCUGCCUU